GAACUACGGUGGCUAGCAGUGAUCAAAUCGCGCAUCGACGCCGCUCCUGCUGACGAUGGGAGACGUUCUUUGCGAAGAGCUCGAAGAUUUACUUCAUUUCUCAGUGCACGACCUGCCGACGAGAGGCUAUGUCGUCAUGGAGGAAAUUCGACGUCAGGGGAAACUGUGUGACGUCACGCUAAAGGCCGGUGAUCACAAAUUCAGUGCUCACCGCAUAGUUUUGGCGGCCUCAAUCCCUUACUUCCAUGCCAUGUUCACGAAUGACAUGGUGGAGUGUAAACAGGACGAGAUCCUGAUGCAAGGAAUGGACCCCAGUGCUCUGGAGGCUCUGAUCAACUUUGCGUACAGCGGCCAUGUUGCCAUUGAUCAGCAGAAUGUUCAAUCUCUUCUAAUUGGCUCAAGCUUCCUGCAGCUGCAGAACGUUAAAGAUGCCUGCUGCUCCUUCCUGCAGGAGAGGUUGCAUCCGAGGAACUGUUUGGGGGUGCGGCAGUUUGCAGAGACCAUGAUGUGCACCACGCUGUACGACUCUGCCAACAACUUCCUGCACCAACACUUUGUGGAGGUGUCCUUGUCUGACGAGUUCCUCACCCUGAAGACUGAAGAGAUGCUCGAGCUCGUUGGGUGUGAUGAACUUAAUGUGAAAACUGAGGAGCAGGUGUUUGAGGCGGUGCUGGUCUGGGUCCAUCAUGACCGGGACAAGCGUGAGUCUCUCCUGCCGGAGCUGCUGUCAAGGAUCAGACUGCCACUUUGUCGUCCUCAGUUCCUUACGGAACGGGUCCAACAGGAAGAACUUGUGCGCUGCUGCCAUAAAUGCAGAGACCUAGUGGAUGAAGCCAAAGACUUCCACCUGAUGUUGGAGCGUCAGCCUCAUCUUCCGGCCUUCAAGACCCGGCAGAGGUGCUGCACGUCCAUCACGGGUCUCAUUUAUGCUGUGGGAGGACUCAACAGCUCAGGCGAUUCCUUAAAUGUGGUCGAGGUGUUUGAUCCAGUCGGGAAUUUGUGGGAACGUUGCCAACCAAUGAGGACUGCUCGCAGCAGAGUGGGUGUCGCUGUUGUUAAUGGACUUUUGUACGCCAUUGGAGGGUAUGACGGACAGUCACGCCUCAGCACUGUCGAAGUUUACAACCCUGAGACGGACAGCUGGACCAGAGUGUCCAGCAUGAACAGCCAACGCAGCGCUAUGGGAACAGUGGUGGUUGAUGGACUCAUCUACGUAUGUGGUGGAUAUGAUGGCAAAUCUUCUCUCAACUCUGUUGAACGUUACUCUCCUGAGACUGACAGAUCACUUCCUGUUGCCUGCAGGUGGGCCGUCGUGACGGAGAUGACCGCAAGUAGAAGCGCGGCCGGUGUGACGGUCUUUGAUGGACGCAUCUUUGUCUCUGGCGGCCAUGAUGGUUUACAGAUCUUCAACACGGUGGAGUAUUACAACCACCACACAAAUCGCUGGCACACGUCGUCAGCCAUGUCUAACAAGAGGUGUCGUCACGGCGCUGCAGCACUGGGCAGUCACAUGUACGUGGUGGGCGGUUAUGAUGGCUCGGGGUUCCUCAGCGGCGCAGAGGUGUUCAGCUCAACGUCAGGACAGUGGACCCACCUGGUGGCAAUGAACACACGACGCAGCAGGGUGUCGUUGAUGGCAACGUCGGGCCGCCUCUACGCUGUGGGUGGGUACGACGGACAGUCCAACCUGUGCUCUGUGGAGAUGUUCAAUCCCGACACCGGACGUUGGACCUUCAUGGCGCCCAUGGCAUGCCACGAGGGAGGGGUGGGCGUCGGCUGCAUCCCCUUGCAACCUGCCUAAAUCCUUCAAUCACAGCUGCAGGAUCCACGUCACUGACAUGCUGCGAGGUGAAAAGGUCACGCCCCCCAGUCGUGCGAGGCCAGAUGCAGCACUCACACCAGUGGUGCGCACGCCAGAGCCCCCUAGGGCACAAACUGUAGCGUUAGCUUUGGAGGCUAACUGUUAGCAUUGUGCCCUGAGCAAGCAGGCUGGUGACUGUUACUACCAGCAGGAGGCGCUGUGAACAUUUCUUGUCUGUGACAGGAAGUGGCACAGAGGGAAUUUCCUGCCGUCUACGUUGUGUAUAUCAUCUUCAAAAUAAAAGCACCAAGCUUGGAUGUAGUUUGCUAAUGAAGCUUUUAUUCUGGAAGCAACAGGAGGUUUACCUGUGUACUCAUUUGUCCCAAAGCAAACACAUUUUGGUAACUUGUUGGAAGCGGAAAAAGAAAUAAAGUUCCAUAUUAAAGGUUGUGGAGUGAAAGGUAUUAUGAGUGGUGCAUGGUGGGUAGUGGCAUUGUGGGUGGGUAGUGCCGUGUCCAAUAAGAGAGAGGCUCAGUUUGAAAGAAAGACUUUUUUUUUUUUUUAUUGUCUCCUCCAGGAAGUAAAAAUCUAAUCACAUGACUCCACAGCAUGCAGUUAUUGGCUUAACUGGCACCCAGUUGACUGCAGGUCCCAAUUGUAGGUCCUGGAGCAGGGGCGCUGGGGUCUGAAGAGGUGGGAAUCCUGGAUGGUUGGUCAAGCUCCAAAAGAUCAGAGUCCCUGGACAGAAACGUGUUCACUGAAUUGAGCCAACCUCCAAACAGAUCCUGAUUGGUCUUACUUGACCUUUGUUUUGAAAGUGUGAGUGUGUCUUGAGUUGAGGUCACAUGACCCAGCCCAUAGGCUCAUCUCAGCAACUCACAGUGGCUCUGUGGGCUGGAAGCGGCGCUCCUCUCCAUCCAGGAUGCCAUGAUAGAGUCGGAUCUCGUGCUCCAAACGCUGCUUGUUGCUCAGCAGGGCAUCGUAGUCUCUGCGCUGCUGCUCCGUCUCGCCGCGCACAUCUGCAAGCUCCGCCUCCAGCUUGGACACCACAGAGCCCAGGUUCUGAAGCUCCAUGUCAUGCCAGUGGUGGGCAUCGCCUAGUGAGUUCUCCAGGCCACGCUUCUGCAGGAGGAAAUUCAUUAAAAAUACAACUUAAGUUAUAAGUCGUCGUGGGUUUUUGUAACUCAGCUGCUUGUGAUCACCAGAGCUCGAAUGGAUUCAGUCUCUGCUUGCAGACUUUGGAUUCUGCAGCCAGCAUCGGAGCAUUCGACCUUCAGUGCCUCCAGCUCCUCCUCUUCUGGACUGAGCUGGCUCACACACUUUGCGUCCUGCUGACACACACAUGUGUCAAGACCGGUCCACACCGCCCCAAUCAAUGCGGGUUCUGACCUUGCAUUCCAGGUAGCUGUCUGUCUCAGCUCGGUUCCUCUCUGUCGCCUUCUCCCAGUGGUUGCGGAUAUAGUCCAGGAUCUGGUCCAGACUAGUUUCAAUGGGGGCAUCUGGCUGAUCCACUUCACGUCCACACAUCUGACUGUAGAGGAGACGAACGUCCUGCAGUCAGACAAAUAUUUGGAAUUUUACGAGUCAUUCAAAGUCAUUCAGAACCGUUAAAUCUUGUUGUGUUGAGUUGGUUCACCUGCUCGUGGUUGCGCUCCAGUUGUCCAAGUUCUGCUCGCAUGUCGUCCAUCUGCUGCUCAAGCUCCACCCUCGUCAGGUUGGCGUCCUCAAUGACCUUGUAGAGCGAGCCAAUCUCCUCCUCCACUGCCUUCCUGAAGGGCUGCUCAUUGUCAUAUCUGUGGGACGCACACCUGACAGUGACCUCUCGACCGAGAAAACGCCCUAAUUCACUUCUCACCUUUCCUUGAAGUCCUCUGCAUUGGCCUGGACGUUCUCAGUCUGCAGCAUCAGCCGAGCGUUGUCCAAGAUGGCCUCACUCACCUGUGCACACACACACACACACACACUGCUGUCCAUCAGUCUUCAUUGUUCAGUGACCUUGUCCCACCUUGACGAGACAACAAUGACUACUACUGUUGCGGGUUCAUGUGACGUCACUGAAUAAGCGGCAUUUUCAGAUUUGAGGGGACUUUUGAAAGAGUCAACAAGAAGGCACUAACAGGAACUAGUGCAUGUCCCAUGGCGACAAAGGGUUUUCAUCAUGGUGUCAUAUGGUAUUUAUUUAUGAUGAAUGAUUGUCCUUUGGCCUCUGGUCAAAGGUUCUUCUCACCUGUCUGUAGACGUCCUCCCAGUCCUGCCUGAGCGGACCCCAGGCGCCGGCGCUGGACGCCUUGCGGUCCAAGCUCAGUCGGAUCUGCUCCUCCAGCUGCUGGUUGAGCUGCUCCAGUGCUCGCACUUUGUCACGGUACUCCAUCAGGCAGGUAUUCAGGCCCAGCCCUGGCCCCCCUCCUCCCACAGCACCCUGUCCGGUCCGCUCUCCUGCCCGGGGAACAACCGGCACCGCGCUGGUCCUCAUCCCCUGCAGGAAGACACUGCUGAUACCCAGAGCCCUGCGGGACACCCGUGUGCCCAGGCUGGGCGCCAUGGGGGAGGCGGUGCCGACAAAGACACCCCGGGAUGCGGCGCCACCCGGAGUGACCCUGCUGCACGCGGCGCUCGGACGCUCGGACGAUGACUGUCCUAAAAUGGAGGAGCGACGUCGCGGCAGAGGCAUGACGGACAAAACCUCGAAGGGCAGCACGCCACCUGGAUUUAUGGGAGGACGAGUUUCUGGAAAGAUGGCCGCCUUUGUCCAUCUGGGACCUGUGACCUUUGUUGUCACACUGUGUGUGUAUCUUUGUGUGUGUGUGCGUGCAGCUGUGUCAGCAAAUAGGAAGCAUGCUGAAACACAGAGGUCAGCUGACACACACACACACACACUGUGACUCAGCUGUUUGUUUGUUGUUCCUCUGAAAAGAAAAGUUCUGGCGUCAAGUGGCCAUGUCACUUCCUGUUUGAAACAUCAGGAGACCUAAAAGGCAACAGGAAGUGGUCAAGGACAAACGAAGAAGUUUCUCCAGACAUUAAAGGUUACUUAGGGUCAAAGUUUCUUUUUAUUUUGUUGAGAGGAACUCCUCAGACCGCUUUUACCAGCAUCACUCAUCACUUCCUGUCACCUUAACAUAUCUUAACGUAUCAUCAAAACAACUUUGUUCGUCCAUGUGUACAAUAGCUGACAUGUUUUGUUAUCUCUCGUUUCUGUUUUU